AGAACAUUUGGGCAACAUUCCCCAUGGAAAGGUCGUGGAAACACUGUCGCUUGGCCACCCGAUCACCCGAUUUAAUGCCCCUAGAUUAUUUUUUCUGCGUCACAAUGAAGCAAAAAGUUUACUGUCAUGUGUCGGUGACCUGGAAAGAGCUCGUGAAAAGGAUCCAUACCGCUGCGAACGGAAUUAGAGCUGUCACGGAUAUAGUCCACCGCUGAACACGACACAUGGUUUUAAGAGCAACAAUGUGCAUAACCAAUAAUGGAGGACAUUUUGAACAGCUUCUGUAACAUUGAACCAUUGAUUUGUCAGUUUUAUGUAUAAAGAGUUUGAAAGCAAUUUGCAUUUUAUUACACCCAUUUUGACCAAUGUUGGAUAACAUCUAUUACUUAACGUAGAAGACUUAGGAUAACAGAUUU